UAUGUGUGUGAAAGGUCAUGGAGGUGUCUGCGCGAUCACAUGACCGCCGACCUUCCCCGUUGUGUCCGGAUCCGCUCCCGUCCUCGAGUCCCGUCGCAUCAUGGCUUUCUUCGCCCACAACGUCCGCAGAGGUCUCUCGUCUUCGGCAGCCAGGAGCGUUGUUAUUCAGCAUGUGACGAUCAUCGGAGGCGGACAGAUGGGUGCGGGAAUCGCGCAGGUUGCUGCAUCAACCGGCCACUCGGUGACGCUGGUGGACACAUCCGACGACAUCCUGAAAAAGUCUGUCAAAGGAAUUGAAGGGAGCCUCAAAAGAGUGGUCAAGAAGAAGUUUGCCGAUAAGCCGGAGGCAGGGGAAGAGUUCAUCCAGAAAGUCCUGCAGAAUGUGUCAACGUCGACGGAUGCCGAAUCUGCAGUUCAGGGCUCGGAUCUGGUGUUGGAGGCCAUCGUGGAAAAUCUGAAAAUCAAACAGGAUCUCUUUGGACGGCUUGACAAGCUGGCGCCAGCACACACCAUCUUUGCCAGCAACACAUCCUCCCUGCCUAUCUCUGACAUCGCCAGCUCCACCACCAGACUGGACAGAUUUGGCGGCCUUCACUUCUUCAACCCAGUCCCUAUGAUGAAGCUUGUAGAGGUCAUUGGAACGCCGGCAACAAGCCAGGAGACUUUCGAUUCCCUCCUGAACUUCAGCAAGGUGCUCGGAAAAACACCAGUGUCCUGCAAGGACACACCGGGAUUCAUCGUAAACCGCCUACUUGUUCCAUACUCAGUGGAGGCCAUCCGGUUGCAUGAGCGAGGUCAUGGAUCCAAAGAGGACAUUGAUAUUGCCAUGAAACUCGGUGCUGGUUAUCCCAUGGGACCCUUUGAGCUCUCGGACUAUGUAGGACUGGACACAAUGAAAUUCAUUUUGGACGGUUGGAGGGCAAUGGAUCCCGACAACCCGCUCUUUGCCCCGAGUGAAUUGCUGAACAAGUUGGUUGCAGAGGGCAAAUACGGCAGAAAGACAGGAGAAGGAUUCUACAAAUACAAGUAAUCAAGUUUUGCAGUGUUGUUAGUUUGGUGUGGAGGGAUGUCACUGUGAAACUAGCCAGAACUCGAGGAAACGAACUGUCCUAGGUACUAGUAAGAAAGGGAAACAGAGAAAAGUGCCUGUGCCUUCUACUUCAAAGGUCAACUUCUGUCAGCUCAUUUUUCUUUAUGCACGUCCACCGACUGACACCUUUAUAUGUGUGAAGAGAUUAAAUGUAACUAAAUAAAAAAGAUUUGUCAAAUA